AUGUACAAGUUUUUCUCUCGUCCUCAGCUCCGUCGCCAGUUUAGCGACAAGGCGAAGAUGAGUAGCAAACUCUCAAAUACCAAACGUCCACCUAAGGAUCCCCCAGAUGAGGGUUACGAGCCGACGAGUAUCGAUCAUGAUGGUAUUAAAGUGCCGGACUAUGUGAGACCAGCAGCCUUUCGUCAGUUUUGUGGACCUGAUGAACAGUUGGGACCAGGAGCUGGGAGAGGUUUAGAAUACAAGAAUGGCCAAUAUUUUGGCUACCAUCGAUUCUCUUUUGCUGAGCUGCAGAACCAUGCCUUGGAGAUGCGAGACGACCGUCGACUCAAAGGGGGAGUACACGACACAAUUGAAGAAGAUGAGGAGGAGGAGUGCGAUUACGUCAGUAUGGAGAACAUGAAGAAACUGGAAGCGGAGUGCGACAAGAUAAUCGCACAACAGGCCAAGGAGCUGGAAGAAGCCGAACAGAGGGCUAAGAAAAAGCAGGAGGAACUCUGCAAGGAGCAGGAAGAGAAGCAACGGUGCGAAAAGAAAGCGGAAAAAACAAAAGCUGUGAAGGUCAAUGCAUUGCUAGAGAUGACAGAUGAACAGCUCAGAGAGUGGUGCGAUAAGUCCCUCCAGGCACAACUGGUGGAGAAGAAUCAAGGGAAAGGGAAUAGCCAGACGGCUAAGUGCAAAGCAGAAGAAAAGCAGAAAAUGGAAAAAUGCGGGGAAGAAGAACAAAAGAAAGAGCAAGAGGAAUUGCAGAUGAAAUGUGAGGCGGAGCAAAAGAAGAAAAAAGACGAGAAGUUAAAACCUAAAUGUGAAGUGGAAGAAAAGAAUAACAAGGAAAAAUGCAAGGAAGAAAAACAAAAGAAAGAGCAAGAGGAAUUGAAGAUGAAAUGUGAGGCGGAGCAUAAGAAAAAAGAAGAUGAAGCUAAAAACGAAAAUGAGGAGAAGCCCCCUUGUGGAACAGAUGGGAGCAACAAAAACAAGACAUAAAUAUAAAAAAAGCAAACAACAAAAAACAAUCAAAUUCCGCACAUUCUGCAAUUGUGUCGCAAAAUUCAUCGUUUCAAUAAUGCCGACUUCUAGAUAACUCAAACGAUAAAAAAAUUCGGUAUAAACGUUAGAAGUGGUAUGGAUAUAUAAUGGCGAUCAUCAGUACACUCAGUAAAGACAAGAACCACCGAAAACUCUCCACACUGGUUGGGGUCUUCGCUUAAUCAGGCUCAACACCCAUACAGUUUGAGAAGCACCCAUCAAACGUAUUCUUUCGUCAUUAAUCCGCCUUGAGUUUCAACUUCCACUGGAAAUUUGAAUUGUUAAUAAAUUCGCAUAAAAUCAA